AUGGAUCUUGAUCCUUCCGGUGAAGCCGUACGUCACGGUCAAGGCGGCUUUGUAUUCCAGAGGUUUCACACCAAAGAAAGCCCUGAGAGGACCGACAGCUUCAGAAACAGCCUUAUGCGGACCCAUUCAAAUGUCACCGCAGCAGAGGGCCAACCCGUAUUGAGUAUCCUUGUCCAUGAAGAUACAGUCAAUGCAGUCUUGAUCUUCUGGCUAGUGUCUCUCUGCAUGGGCCUCGAGUCACCGCUACGAUGGGAACUAAACAAGCCCAGAUUCACUCUCCAACUUGGGAAGGCACAUAUUGUUGCUGUUGCUGAUGGCCAGCUCGUUGGUCCACACGGCGAUAUUUGUGCCAUAGUGGAAGUAAAGCGUCAAACUCUCCGAUCAAGCCCAGCCAAAGCUCUUCGGCAAAUGGGGAUUGAAAAGAUCGUGAUGGCGCUGCAGCCUGUGGCAGAAUACUUCAAUUCCCUCGGCAUCGAUGACUCGAAAGCCAGCGACUCGGAAAUUUCGAUGGACGAGAAAACAGAAUUUCUGAAUCUCAAGUUGAUGGGGCCUUUUUGA